UGACCCGUACUUGUAUAUUACAGAUAGUAGAACACAUGACAUGUGACCGUAUUUGUAUAUUACAGAUAGUAGAAUACAUGACAUGUGACCCGUAGUUGUAUAUUACAGAUAGUAGAACACAUGACAUGUGACCGUAUUUGUAUAUUACAGAUAGUACGUGUUUGAUUAGUAUACUGUAUCUCUUUUCAGGAAAAUAAUGAAUAGCACAGUAUCGUUUGAAGAUGGCGAGGAAGAUGAAACUGAGGAAUUCUCCCUGUAUGUGAUUAUCCCCCUUGGCAUCUGUGUAGCGGUUCUAGUUGUUUUAGCAGUGAUGGGGAAUGCGCUGACGGUGAUAGCUUUCGGGCGCGAUAUAAAACUCCGAUCUGUGUACAAUAUGUAUCUGGUGAACCUAGCCGUCACAGAUUUCUGGCUCGGUCUUUUCAGCAUGCUAAUCUAUUUCGUGACAAUUCUCAAAAACUACAUAUGGCCAUUCGGAUAUCAUUUUUGUAAGGUCUUUUUGGUAAUUGACUAUGUACUUUGCUUAGAAUCCGUUAUUUCAAUAGUGAUCAUUAGCUAUGACCGUUUGCUUCUUCUGAAACAUGGUCCGCAUUAUGUCCUGAAAGAAAGUAUAAAAGUGGCACAAGUAAAAAUCGCCAUAUCUUGGGUACUAGCAUUUUGUCUGUAUUCACCUGCCAUCAUUGGUUGGGACUUGUGGACAGGAGAGGAGAUUAACGAACCCAAUUUCUGUCAUGCCCAGUUUGCUUAUCACUUUGUGUUCACCACAACAACAGCUGUUAUAGAAUUUGUCAUUCCAUUCAUCGCCAUCAGCAUCUUGAAUUUUCUUAUUUACCUCGAAAUACGAAAACGAACAGUUGUAUCUCCAAUGACCAUGGCGGGGAAGUCCUCGUCCAAACGUAUCACUGAUGAAAAUAUUGCUGGAGUAAAGGAAACGACACGAAAAGACAUCAAGGCCGCGCGAUUUUUAGCUACACUAGUUCUUGUUUUCGCUUUGACCUGGGCACCAUACACCAUUGCAACGAUCAUAAUUUCUUUCUGCGAUGAUUGCGUUAAUGAGUAUAUUUAUGAAUUUCUGGUUUGGUUACUGUGGUCCAAGUCCGCGAUAAACCCCUUUCUAUAUGCCUACAACAACACCAUGUUCUACAAGAAUUUCAAGGAAGCUUUAAGAUGCUGUCGAGAAUCAAAAGUAGGUAACCAGAAUUCUACAGUAGUGUCUCGUGUCACCUCUUAA